CUGCGUGGAAGGAGUUAGUUAUCCUAUGGCCUUAGGCGUAAUUAUUUUGACCGGACAUCCUAGCUUCAGCAGCGAUUCCGGCUGCCAGCUGUUCCGUCUGACAGUAAAGGUAGGAUAGGCUGGCCGGGGGAUGGCCUUCCGUCACUUGGCGUGAUUCUAUCAUAUCUAGUUACGAGACGGAGCGACAAUGAUGGAUUAUUUUCAUUGUGCGAUGGAUCAUGUUCCGUCAUCCGUAUAGGGAUGCCACGGAAUGCGUUUCCUGAGUGGGGGUUUUCCCUGAGCCACAGCCUGAGCUGUCAACCGUCCAAAGGCAGACGCUUAACCGCGGUUCCAACGUGUUCAAGGCUUUGGUUAGGGUGUUCGCCGGCUCCCUGGGAUCUGUGGCGGCCUUGCCCAGUGAGAUGCCCAUCUUCUUACACCGUCGCAAUGAUCUCCUGUGCGACGCUGACUGUUUGCUGUCGAGUCUCGUUCUGCUUUUUGAUUUGCGGUCAUCCUGUCCAAUGGAAGCGAGACGCCAGAAGGCUUCUAAACGGGUCUAACUGGAGCAAAGUCCUGUCAGGGCUGGAGGACUCUAAAGUAGCGAACGAUGGGCCCCAUCUCAGCCUAUUCCCAAACCAGACGCCCCGGCCCUUGCAUGUUGCUAUGUUUAGAGCAAGCCAUCAUCAUCACUAUCGUCCUUUCUCCGUGUUGUCCACUGCCAACCUUGCCAAGGGUCAUGCUGAGGCAGCUGAGCAGUAAGAGGGCGUCUCCAUUGUCCUACAGUUGUCCGAUCAGAUAGCCCCCUCCUUUCGUCCAACCACCAGAGGCCGCCACACGGUAUGACAUUGAGCCGGCGACACCAUUUGAACGUAUCCACGCCGUCGGUGGAGGACCUCCGCCGGUGUUUGGGAUGCGGAGUUGGACGCUGGAGAGAGCUCGAGAGCGAAAGAGGACCCUUUUUCUGUCGAGUAACUAUAACUAGUCCCUCAUUAUUAUUAUUAUUAUUAUUAUUAGCGAUGGGCUACGGCCGUCAGAGAGGAGUCAUGUAGUGGUCUCUCGG